GUUUAUUUCGUCAUUGUUAUUGUCCGGAAUACAUCACACAUAUACGGAGUAAUCAAAGGAGCAAGAGACUUCCAGGUCCCGGAGCUCGUUUUCGACCCAACCCACUGCUAUUUGUGGCCCGGUCUUUCGCUCAAGUGACUCCACUGAAUAUGGCCAACCCUUCGUCCCUAGAUGCUCCCGCGGCAGUGGAAUAUCAUUAUGGCGAGCAAAGUCUGCUUCAGUAUCUGAGCGUUUAUCUGCCUCGUCCGUUGCGCAAUGAAGGAUCCGAGACUGGAUAUUGGGUAAUCUACGUUCACGGUGGCGCAUGGCGCGACCCAGAGAUCCCAGCAUCGAGCCUCGAUAUCACGAGACAAAUGCUUUGCAAUGGCGACCCGAGCAUUGCGUCUGAGAUAGCUGGAUUUGCUUCUAUCAACUAUCGCUUGACACGCCAUCCAAACUUCCCUCAAGAUCCCGAAUCCGUCGACCCGAAGCAGUACAGAGACGCCAAACACCCAGACCAUAUCACUGACGUCGUCAGCGCCCUUGCGUUCCUUCAAGCGAAAUACUCCUUUGGCCAACGAUAUGUCCUGGUUGGGCACAGUUGCGGAGCCACUCUCGCAUUCCAGACUGUGAUGCAAGAAAUCGCAGGUGCAGAACCGGCUAGAAGCAAAAUCGCACUCCCGUUGGCAAUCGUCGGAGUCUCCGGGAUUUACGACCUACGGCUCCUUCGGGAUACAAAUAGUCAUCCUAUCUACCAGCAGUUCACCGAGGAUGCUUUUGGCAAGGACGAAGAUGUCUGGGACGGUGUGUCUCCUGCAACAGUACAGGCUAGAGGAGUCGUUGAGGGCUGGAAUACUGGCCGGCUGGCAGUGCUUGCCAUCUCUAAAGGCGAUGAGCUCGUCGACCCACCCCAACUCAAGGUUAUGUGCGAGUUGCUUGGACGGUGGAAGGCUCAUGAUGGCCUAGAUAAUGCGAGAGAAGUGCUCAUUAUUGACGACUUGGAAGAAUCACACAAUGAUAUCUGGAAGAAGGGCGUGGAAUUGGCGAAAGUCAUCUCCAAAACAAUUGAGACGCUCAAGGAAAUGAACAUACCGAAUUAAUAAGGCUCUUCUUGCCAACUAUGAUUACUUUUCCUUUGUCAUUUCAAAUGGGAUUCUGUUAAUUGAGAUUCCAUUUUGCUUAUCUUACACCUCCCUAUUUUGAACAUCAUUGCGAUGCGUCUAUUCUCUCGAACCCUGCACUAGAUGUAAUAGCCUAAGACAUGGGAGACUUUACAUGAAAAAAGCACACCUUCCUUUAGCACCUUUGAAUAUAUCAUCCCACCAAUAUUGCGAUAUCCCGUUACCGUCCUGCUUAGAUAUUCGACUCCAUAAACCACACAGAAAGACUUUUGCGUCCCUUAACGUUAGGGUCCCUAGUGACCUGCUUAGAGUAUGCAAAGCCUCACAAACAAAUCUUCUACGACCAGCAUAUCUCGGAUCCAUUGCCGCCUCAAUGCCUGCGAUAAAAAUCGGCCAAAUGAGGACCUUCUCCAACGCUUGUUUGCCCCUUUUCCCCUGAGACAACACGCUUCCGAGACGGUCGAAGAGGAUCUGUCUCGCGACGGCUUGUGUUUCUUCAACGGUUACAUAGGAUACCAUCGACUCCGAGGACCCCAAGGUACAGGGAACUCUUAGCACCUCUUCGAGGGAGUCAAGGGCAAGGCUUCGAAUGCAGUAGAGUAAUACGGCUGCGUAGUACAUGGUUGCUAUUUGAAUCCAAUCAUCCCUGGUUGGUUGGAUGAAGCCGGAUCUGGUCUCACCGAUUAAAACAUCCGCUGCGGUUUUGGAGUAGUGAGCGGACAUCUUGUCGGCCCAUUCGGAGACUGGGAAGGAUAUGAUGCUUUGCAUGAUGGAUUUUCCUACGGUUUCAUCUGUGCCUGUGAUUGACCGGAUGCCAUAGUGCCGGAGGGAGCGGAGAUGGUUUAUUUGAAUAAUGGCGUCGAGAAGCUCGUUCGGGCAUAUCACACAUGUCUCCAACCCGUUUUGAAACAUAUCAGGUAUGAGCGCGCAAUAUUCCAGCUGCCGGGUAGCUUCUGCCACGGGUAACGCCGCAGCAGU